AUGAAUAACGUUAUUCCACCAUUUGUAUGGCCUGAAGAUGAUGAAGUGAAUGAAGAACAACUAGAAGAACAUGAAGGACCCGAAAGAAUGGAUUACGAUGCACUGGUGAUGCUGGCGAACCUCCCUCCCCUCACUGAAGAAUUAUUGAGCAGGAGUCCAGCUCUUCCUGUCAAAACUCGGUCAUCCGCAGAGUUUACACUGGUUUUGGACUUGGAUGAAACUCUCGUCCACUGCAGUCUCACACCACUCGACAAUGCCACAAUGAUAUUUCCUGUUAUGUUUCAAGAUAUAACAUAUCAAGUAUACGUUCGUCUCCGACCACAUCUACGAACUUUUUUGAGGCGAAUGUCAAAAAUUUUUGAGAUUAUAAUAUUCACCGCCAGUAAAAAAGUAUAUGCCAAUAAACUAUGUGACAUCAUCGAUCCUCAAAAAACCAUGAUCCGACAUAGACUGUUCCGAGAACACUGCGUCUGCGUUUAUGGCAAUUACGUAAAAGAUUUGACAAUAUUGGGAAGAGAUUUAUCGAAGACAAUGAUCCUUGAUAACGCGAUUCAAUCAUUUGCUUAUCAACUGGAUAAUGGAAUUCCGAUCGAAAGUUGGUUCGAGGAUAAAAGUGACACCGAAUUGCUAAAAUUGUGCUCCUUCUUUGAAGCUGUUCCGUCAGCCGGUCGUGACGUCCGCGAAAUCCUACGACGUAGAUAUCGCCUCCGUGACCACAUUCCUUUCUACAGUAUAAUCCAUCAGCAAGAAGGACCUGGUCGUAUGCCAAUGAUUAUGCCAAUACACAUUGCUCCAGCUCAAGAAGUGGAAGAAAAUCACGUAGAAGAGCAGUUAAUAACACAAGUGGCUCAGAAACCUCUACAAUUAGUACAGGGAUGA